AUGGCUUUCCUGGUAGUGAAUGACGAUUCCAAGCUAUCGAUUUCCUUAAAUGUGAAGCAGUUCAAGCCAGAAGAACUGUCAGUAAAUCUGAAUGGAAGAACGCUCAAGAUCGAAGGCAAGCAGGAGAUCAAGGAAAAGAAUGGCUACACCGUGAGAACUUUUGUUCGACAAUGGACGCUUCCUAAAAAAGUUGAUGUGAAACAGCUAAAAUCUACCUUUACCGAAGACGGUUACCUUGCCGUUGAAGCACCAAAGAUAUCGAGAAAGUCCCCUACCUCAAGGAUCAUCGAGAUCCAGAAAGCAAUGCCACCUGUGAAGGAGAAUGAAGAGGUGAAGAAACCAUAA